AUGAACUUUGAAAAAAAAAUGUCUCACCAAGAAGAACAAACAACUUCAUCUGGAGUUGUAUUUCGUAUUGAAAAGCAAAAGAUGGUCCAAGUGGAGUCUCCAUUGGAUUCAUCAAUCAUGAAUAUAAUUUCCAUGCAGCUGAGAAUGGAAGGUCAAAAUGUGGAAGAAUUAUCAUCAAAGAGAGGUAAAUUGCUGGUCAUUGCUCUUGAUCGUUCGGGAUCAAUGAGUGGAUCUGCCAUCUCUGAAGCAAAAUUGGCACUGGAAUCACUCUUGACAAAUAUUGAUGGUCACAAUGAGAGAGUACUAUUCAUUCCUUAUGAUACAAGUGCUGAAUUGAUUGACAUGUCAAGAAUGUCACUUACUGAAAAGUUAAAUCAAGUUCAAAGAGUGCAUGCAGGAGGUGGUACUGAUUUUGCAUGUGUAUUUGAUGCUAUUAGAUUAUUUACUGGUGCGUUGGAUGGACAAAUUGCUAUCGUGUUCUUUACUGAUGGUCAAGAUGGUUAUAAUGGCAAUAGAGAAACUGCAAUUGACAUGAUGAAGAAGAGAUUAACAACUGAGAGUGAAUCGUUUGAGUUCCAUACAAUUGGUUUUUCAUCAGGACACGAUGCAAGAUUAUUGACAGAUAUGACAAGAUUGGGAUCAGCUCAAGGUACUUUCCAAUAUGCUGAAUCUGCUUCUUCUAUUUCAACUUGUGUUAAUUGUUUAACUGAACUUGUAAAGGGAAGUUCUUUGACUUGUAAUUUAAUUGUCAAGGAUAAGGAAGGAAUUGAAAUUUUGAAGGAAAGGAUUAAUUUGGAAAAUGAUGAUGGAUUAAUAACUUUCCAAUCUUUCAUUAAUAUUGAACUGGCUCCAGAAUCUCAAAUUUACCUAGAAUUCGAAAAUACAACUGUACCUGUAUCGUUAGAAGCAUUCGAAAGAAGCGAACCAUCAUCAAUAGAAAAGCUCUCCUUACAAAUCAAGUCAAUUGAAAGAUUUUUGAUUGAAGCUGCUGGAACCAUCUCAAGCGAAACUACUUCAUUGGAGGAGAUUCACACCAAGGGAAAGACUAUUGAAGAAAAGCUGGAAUCUAUUAGUUCAGACAUUAGAAAGAAUCGUGACAGAUCUGUUAGAAGAGCUCUUUUCCAAUUGAUUGAACCUAUCUUUGAUUCAUUGGCGAAUUUCAACAAGGUUUUAGCUGAAUCUAUGGUUGGAACUCUUUCCAAUGAAAAGAUUGCCAACCUCAAUUCUUUAGCUUACAGAUCUAUUACCAAGAGAAGUUUACAAAAGAAGUUGGAUCAAAGAGCUCAAAACAAUGUUGAAUUGUUCGAAAAGGCAGAAGAAAUAAUCAAAAAUUCUGUAGAUACUAUGAAUUUUGAAGAAAUUAAGGGAAAGUACUCCAAGCAAGCAGAUGAAAUAGGACCAUGUUUUUACACAUGUUGUAAUUGGAUCGAUCUCUUGCAAGAUAAGGACUGUUUAUGUUUGGGAUUACAGGUCAAUCGUCCUCAAACAGCUAUUGCUGAUUCUAGCAAGGUUCAAAUUAGUUCAGUUUCCACAUCUCUUAUGUCAGCGGAAUCUUUCCUUGACUCAGUUACCUUCUCUAUUGGAAGUGCUUAUAAUGUAGAAAGUUCUCAUGGUGGUUUCAAGGAUGUUCGAGUCAAUGAACAACAUAAUCCAAAUGAAGCUAAGAUUAUUUCUGGUGCUUCAAGAGAAAGCAUCAAUGCAGUUCUUCCAUUGUUUAUCAGCGAAGAACAUUGGAAGGUUUCCAGACAAAAGAUGAAGCCAAUUUUGGGAUUUAUUGCAACAUUGGAUAUUAUGGGAUAUGCUUUCGAACAAUUCAAGACUAUUCCAUUCUUGGUUCUCAAUAAGUUAUUACAAGAAAGUUCAGAAUCUGAACUCACAGAAUUCCAAAGUAUGAGAUUAAACCUUGUUAUGGACACUUGUUUACAAAUUGUAAAAGAAUGCUCAUCUGAACACAUGCAAGAAAAGAUGUCUGAAACAUUGUUAAAGCUCUUAACUGAUUACAAUACCAAGCCAGAAACCAGAACUGUAGACGUUAUUCCAAAUAAUGAAGUAUUCCUAGCCCAAUUAAUCUGUGCCCAAAAGCUGGGAUAUGUUGAUGUAAACUCUGUGGACAUGGGAUUAUUCUUCAAGAAUAUUGCUGAAGAAGAAUUGAGAAGAAAGGGUGGAUUCUCAUUGAAUUUAGAUGAAGUUACUGUUGAUUUGUGGUUCUCAUUACUUGGUAUCGACACUAACAAGAUGAUUACUGAAUUUGUAGAAAUCAAGAAGGAAAAGUAUCGUGAAAUGAUUAACAACAGUUCAUCUCAAGAAACUCACUAUGGAGAAACUAUUAGAAGCAUGUUGGGAAUUUCAAAUACUCCUGUUGUUUCAACUGAAUCGUCUGGAACCACAUCAACUGAAACUGUUAAGGAAACUGUUAAUGAAAACCAAGACAUUGAAGAUUAUAUUUUGAAUUUAACAGAGCUCACACCAAAGGCUGAAGAAUUGUAUACAAAGCUUUCUGAGGUUUUCCAAAAGAGAAUUCAAAAGUACCUUGUAAAGAUCAAUAACUGGAUGGGACAACAAAAUGAAAUUGUUUUGGAUAUUGAUAAUUCAGCCAAGAUCUGCCUCCUUAUUCAAACCAUUAAUCAUCAAAAGAAUGCUAAUAGAAGAGAGGCUAUCCAAAGAAAUGAAUACAUUUCACCAUUCUCAUCCACCCAAGAGGAACGUACUAACUAUUUGAGAAAAAUUGUUCUAGAACAUGUACAAAACAAGAGAAACGGACUCUAUGCAAACUUUAUCUCAGAAAUGAACUCUUGUAGUGUGGCCAGAGUUGCCUCUCUCUUUGCUUCCACUUCUGAUAUUUAUGAAGCUGCUGGUAUGAUUUUUGGAAGAAAGAGAGGUCAGGGUGAUGCUAUGGCAUUCUCUCGAGCAUUAUAUUCACCAAAUAUUCCACUUUUCAAGGAAAAGGUCAAGAUGCUUCUGGAGGGUGAAUUCCAAGGUAUUACAUUGUUUACUGAUUCAGUAACUAACCACACAUGGGUUCCUGCCAGACACCAUAUUUUCAGAUUGUGGUUCAAUCAUGAAAAUGAUAUGACCACACAAGAGUGGGUUGAUCUUAGUGGUAGACCAGAGGCUUAUUUCUUAUCAAUUCACCACUUCCACAAGGUGUUGAAUAAGAAUGAUAAUGUCCAUUUAUAGAAUGGAAUAAUAAAUAGUAACACUAUUUUGUGG